AGUGGACUCAUCUUCAUGAUGAUUCAUGGAGGACCCACAUCUCUCCCUGCCCAGCACGAACGAGCGUCUCGGGAUCCAGCCUCGGGCCAGCCGUGUCCCCAGUGUCAGGGCCCAGAUUAUGUAAAGGAUCAUCUCCCUGAAGUUGCUCAGCAGACUUCCUAUAUAGGAGAAAAGCGUCCUGCAUUAGAAAAAACUGGAGAUCUCAGAUAUUUACGGAGGCCUGCCUCAAAGAGAAGCUUGCCGGCCAAAUAUAAACCUGAGUAUGUUGGUGAAAUUGGUUGGGGAAUACCAGCGUAUGAUUUUAUCAACAAAACAAGGCUUCAGACUGGCUUUCACAUUAAGUAUGAAGAGUUCAGUCAAGCUGCUGUUGAGAAACUAAGCCACAGAUACCAGAACCCAUGGCAACCAAAUCCUUCUAUUAUGGAUGCAGAAGGAAGCUUCAGUCGUGGUUUUAUUGCCUGGCAUAUGGGUGAUUAUGAGGACACCAAUCAAAGAAACUCCAAACGGGCCAUCCUCCUUUGGCAGAGCCAGGCAGCAUUGCCAAGAGUUUCCAGACCACCUAAGCUGCCAAAGCUACCAAAAGAGCAGGAGGUACAAUCAUUUGCUUUUCGGAAUCAUCAUAGAAAAAGUCAACCUGUUUUAACGUGUGAAUUAGAGAAUGCUAUUUAA